CGGAAGGUUGAAAGAGACCCCCGCCCCCUCUCCGUCGGCUGCUGCUUUUGCUUCGCGUCUUGGGUAGCGACGAGAGCAGCGGCGGCCAUGAACGGAUUCGGCGCUGGGGCGUCCUCGCUUCAGAGAGGCGGAGGCAGCAGCACCAGCGGCGGCGGCGGCGGAGAAACGCUGGAAAAGAUCGACAUGUCUCUGGACGACAUAAUUAAGUUGAACAAGAGAGAAGAGAGGAAGCACAACGCUCCCAAGAUGAAGCGUGGCCUCCCGCAGAACGGCCCACGACAGUUCCGGAUGCGCAGGACGAAGUGGGGAAUUCAAGACUAUCCAGAAUUCCUGAGCCAGCCACAACUUCCUAUUACUUUCCCUUAUUGGGCCAGCCCUGCAAUAAACAACACAAGGAUAGGUCGUGAUGAAUGGCUUGCUCUAUUUUACAGGCCGAGCAUCCAGUCCCUUUCCACCAGAAUCGGGAAUAAAUUAUACCAGCAGAAAGAUACGCGCCAAGCGACUUUCCUUUUUCGGCGGGGCCUGAAGGUACAAGCACAAGUACAUCCGGAAUGUGACCACAGAAACCAGGGAACCAAACACCCAUGGCGAACAUCUACGAGAAACGGAGGGAUUUUGACUAUUUCCAUUGACAAUCCUGGAGCUGUUCUCUCUCCAAUCUCUUUGAAACCGAGACUCCCCAGCAAUCUCAUACCCCCCUUUCUCCUGAAGAAGGAGCCGUCGGAAGAGAAGAAGGUCCCCAAAGGCGUCCCUUUGCAAUUCGACAUCAACAGUGUCGGGAAGCAGACCAGCAUGACCCUCAACGAACGCUUCGGCAUCCUGAAGGAACAAAGGACAGCUCUGGCUCAGAACAAGGGCACCCGUUUUGUGACGGUGGCCUAGAAGAGACCCCUCCCCUCCGAAGGAGCUGGAAAGACUCUGAUCCAGAAGUUGUGGCAGAUGUUCCGACUCUUGUGUCAAGACCCCGAAGGAGAUGAAUCCUUCCCCCACUCCCCUCUUCAUUUACCACCCUUACUUUACACCGGGACGUCCAACCUUGAGUGCUUUAAGGCUUCUGGACUUCAAUCCCCAGAAUUCCCCUGCCACCUGUGGGAAUUGAAGUCCACAACACUCUCUUUUUUUUUUCAAUCCAAAGUUGUUGUUUUUUAAUUUUUUAAUACAACUUUACACAUAUUAUAGAAAAAAAGGGUUGAGCGGAUCUUUCCUUUUGACGUCUUCUCCUUUACCUAAUCCAUUUUGCAUCGUAGCUUUGUUUUCACUUUCAGCCAAAUUAUUAUUUUCCAUUUUUUUAUACUCAUUUUUUUUCUUAGUACAUAAAGGAUAUCUUCAAUUGCCCCUUUCAAAAACUGCACCAAAUUAUCGUUUCAUAUUUCUCUAUUGGUCUAUUUUACCAUAAACAAUAUCUAUCCUCCAAUUAAGUUUUAACAUAGAGAGCAUUUCUUUCAUUUUUUUCUACAAUUAACAAUAUACUAUAAUUUCUUCCAUUUCUUAAUUAGUUACAGAGCAAUACCAAUCAUACUACUCUUCCCUUUAAUCUACUUAUGCAACUCUUCCCCCCUCCCCUUUCUUCCUCUUAUCCAUUUUCUCUUGGGCUCUCAAGAAUUCCACUUUUAAUCCUUUU